ACAGGAGGAUAGAAUGAAGAGGUUAGAGGAUUUACUACUGCGGCAGACGACAGACAGAGAGAUUCCUGAUCCUAUACCUACAGUACCAGACAGGGAUGCGACAGUAAGAGCACAGUCACCAGUACCUGACACACCCCUAGUAACUCCGAGGGCGGAGACCCCACAGGAGACAGUAGUACCACCACCAGUACCUGUAGCGGUAUCAGGGACAAUGUUACCUGAGAUGGUGGGGGCUGAGGAACGAGAGCGGAUGAUGGAACAAUUGAAUGAAUUCCGUCGUUGCACCCCUCGUAUCUUUGACGGGGAGAAAGCAGAUCACUGGGUGGUCGAGAAAUGGUUAAUGCACAUGGAGAAGUUAUGCUAUGAUACAUUUGUCGAGGAGCGAUAUCGAGUUUGGUUUGCGACGCACCACCUUGACGGCGAGGCUUACAGGUGGUGGGUGGACAUUCGUGAGAAUCCCCGUACUGAUUUGUCUGCUAUCACGUGGAACAGGUUCAAGGACUUACUGUUGACAACCUACUUUCCCCAGAGUGUAAAGAGGCAAAUGAAAAGGGACAAGGCUCGCAUAUUUAAGGUGGGUUUGCGACCUGCGAUUUUCAGAUUGGUCCAGGCGUCAAACCUCUCUACUUACAGGGAUGUUGUGAAUCGGGCCUUGAUUGUUGAGAAGGGGGCAGAGAUAAUGAAGGAAAGGGACAUCGUGGAUCGAGGAAAAGGAAAGAGGCCAGCAGCUGAGAGUAGUGGUCAGCAAUCUCUCAAGAGACCGCCAAAGUAUCCGAGAGGCCAGUCGGGACAGUCGAGGGGCCGAGGUUCGUCAGCACGCCGUGGAGCGCCCGAGCGUCGUCCACAGCCGCGUUGUGUUAUCUGUGGUGGGCCUCACGUACCGCCACAGUGUCCACAACGUGGGGGCAGAUGUUUCCUCUGUGGUCAGGAGGGCCACUUUCGCUCAGAGUGCCUGAGAGGUUCUUUGCCUGUACCCUCGUCAGCUUCUGCGCCUGCAUCUUCAGCUCCGAGCCAGGGGACCCUGACAACACCCUAUCAGUCUAGGCGACCACCAGGACAGCGGCAAUCGGAGAGUUCGCAGCAGGGUUCGAGUGGGCGGAUCUACGCCGCCCAGACUGAGGGCGCCGCAGCAUCAGAGGAGGUCGUAGCAGUUCGACCCCUGCAACCUGGAUAAGCCUCUCUGAGCUCAGCAAGUUGCGAGUGUUGCGGAGC